CAGAAGCUCCACAAUACUUUUGAGCUAAUAUUCUAUAAGAGGAACAGGAGCUCAAGCAGUAGAGUUCCUGUCCAAGUCAAGCAAGUUACUUAUUGAUACAGUUGGCUUGGAUACAAACAGUAAAGAUGGGUGUGAUUCAUGUUAGCCAGGGCAGUUUGAAGGUAGGAGUAUAUGUAAUUUGGAAUGGCACGAUGAAAAUGACCUGAAGAUGAUGCUAAAAUGGAAGGGGGUUGUAUCGGGGGCGGCUGGUAGCCUAGUGGUUAGAGCUUUGGGCCAUUAGCCCACAUGUUGCUAGAUCGAAUCCCUGAGCUGACAAGUGGCAGAACUGUUGUAAUUGACUUGUGGGGGGUGAUGGCGUCAUUUCGUGCCCUGGUGUACCCUCCCGUGCUCGAAAGUAGAAGGGAGAAGCAUCUUUAGCAGAGGCGAUCGUGGCUCCCGAGGCCGGGAUCGAGUACCGCCAAGCCGGACACCUCACGCCGGAAAAUAUGGAGGCUGUGGCCGAGGAGCUGCGGGCCGGCUCUCGGAUUCCUGUCACUGUUGAUCAAAUAGUUAACGAUACACUAGUAGUGACGCUUACCUAUCAAGAAAGGUGCUACAUGGGGAUAUUACUCGAUUGCAACAAAAAGACUGGGCUUUUCUGCCUACCGGAUAUCACAACAAAGCCAGUGGAAUGCCCUGCAUUGAAACCUGGUUGUGAAAUCCCUGAAGUCCUGAGAGAGGAGCCUGUUACUAAACCUCCCAGCCAGGCUUCACAUCAUAGACCAAAGGAUGAAAACACGCUCCCUGAAAAUGACCCACUAGGUGCCAGUCUCCCUGCCCCUCUGCCCACACCAGUACCUGCCGGGCAGGGUCCAUACCCUCCAUAUUUUGAAGGAGCUCCCUUCCCUCAGCCCAUUUGGGUGCGCCACAGCUAUGGUCAAUGGGUACCUCAGCCACCUCCACGAACCAUUAAAAGGAAGAAGAGGCGGACCCGAGAGCCCGGGCAGAUGACCAUGAGCACCAUCAGACUCCGCCCCCGGCAGGUAUUGUGCGAGAAGUGUAAGAACACACUGAAUAGUGACGAGGACAGUAAGGACGGGAUGCCCACAACCAAGGCUUCCAGGAAGGAGAACGCUCCACAGAGCGAUGAAGACUCCAAAGACGGGUCUGUGAAGUUGGCCAGGAAAGAGGAUGCAGAUGCCACCAAGGAUAACAGCAAGAGGCGGGAGAAUGGCCCCACCGGCUAUGACAGCAAGCGGCUCCGGAAGGACAAGAGGGAUGAGGAACCAAAGUUCCCUGCAGUGGACAUCAUUCCCCACAGCCCGGUCAUCAAGAUCUCAUACAGCACUCCGCAAGGCAAGGGCGAGGUCAUGAAGAUCCCAGCUCGGGUCCACGGCUCUGUCAAGCCCUUCUGCCCUAAGCAGCUGAUGCAAAACAGCCUAAAAGGCCAACAGGGCAAGGUGCCCGAGCCCACCACCCUAACCCAGACCCAGGAACAGCGCCACAUCCUGGACGCCACCAGGACGGGCCUGACCGUGUCCAUUCCCAAACUCAAGCUCCCCAGGCCCCCAACGGCCGGCCUGGACUUCCCCUCCCCCAAGAUCCGAGUGAGGACCCUGGGGGACGGAGAGGACAGCCUGACGGUCUACGAUGCGGAGCUGGUAGAGAGGCAGAGCAGAAAGAGCCUCAGGGUCCCGGUCCCUCAUCCCCUGCCCCACUCGGAGGACUCUGGGGAGAAGACCCCCAUGGAGCUGUGGUCGGGGAGCUCUGGAGAGGAGGCAGACCGAGGCCAAAGUGACCUUGCGCUGCUCAUCAACCUUCGCAAGAGGAAAGCGGACUCCUCCAGCCUGUCCGUGUGCAGCACAGACAGUCUAGACGAAUCCAAAUCCUUCAGCUCAGACGGCACGUCCCCAGAGCUGUGCGACCUAGCGCCCGGCGAGCACAUUUCCUCCAUGUCCUCCUCGAUCUCACAAGAGGACAGCAAGACUGUGCCGCCACUCACCGUGCGCCUGCACACACGUAGCAUGACCAAGUGCGUGACGGAGGAGGGCCACGCGGUGGCCGUGGGAGACGUGGUGUGGGGGAAGAUCCAUGGGUUCCCCUGGUGGCCGGCGAGGGUGCUCAGCAUCAGCGGCAGCCGCAAAGAGGAGUCUAUCUGCGAGGCCCAGUGGCCAGAGGCCAAGGUGGCCUGGUUCGGUUCGCCCACUACCUCCCAGCUGUCCGUUGCCAAACUCUCCCCCUUCCGGGAGUUCUUCAGGUCGCGAUUCAACCGCAAGAAGAAAGGGAUGUACCGGCGAGCCAUCGUGGAAGCUGCCAAGGCCGUGGGCCACAUGAGCCCCGAGAUAACCUCUCUACUCACCUCUCACUGCGAAACAGUCUGAAGACUGAAGAAUGGUCUUCUGUCAGAGGUUGCGGAACUCUAAGGCUCUUGAGUCGUCUAUCCCCAGGAGAGAGAGGGAGCGUGUGCAGUUUCCACGGUCACUAUUUAUACAGCAUUUCCCCCCCCUCCACAUGGCUGGAGGAAAAUGGCCGCUCAGGUGGAGUGUUGUUGACUGGAUAAGGGAGCAAGAAAGGGCAAUUUUGAGGCAUCUCAUGGACUACACGGAACAAUUCCUCAAUUUUGUAUUUUAUUUUUUAGAUGUAACCAUAUUUCAAUAGAACUGAAUAGCAACACACUACAAAUCAGAAUGUAUUUAUUAUCUGUAACCAUUUAUUAUCCAUAACGAUUUAAGUUGACCGUUCUACAAUCCCAUAAGAUCUCCAUACUGCUGCUUUUGUGAACGGUCCUCUCGACCGAUUGGUCGUGAAGCGGUUCAUCGACAACCAGUCAGAGGACCUUGUCAGGUCCGUUCAGUCCCAGUGCCAUCCUCAUUGGAAGCCCAGCAACUCUUUUCGAAUAGACCAGGAAGUAUAUCCGCAACAUUGCUGGUGAGAAGUCUUACUCUAAGUUCUUUACUUUCCAAAUGUGAAACUGUUCCAUCCAGAGAUAGUACUGUAGUUUAUUCUAUAAUACAGUGUUUCAUCCUUGUAGCCUUCUUCAGCAUUGCUAGUUGGAUAUGUCGAUGUAACGUUAUUUAUACGUUUUUUUUUUUUUCCAAACGUUUUUCUCUUCCAUUUCAUUUUGGUUUGAAUACUUCAGAAGUGUGGUAUCUAUGGGUUAUUUGUGAGAGAUCCUAGAGUUAAUUUCUACUCACUUAAUUAUUUCUGUCAUGUAAAGAAAAGCACUUUAUCUGUACCUUUUGUGGCCUGCUGUAAGCUCAUUGUCCGAACACUAACUGGAGUUACAGCACUGACAGGCAGCGGGAGUUCAAAUGUCCCACUUUGACUAUCCAUGGCCUUGGAGAUUUACUUUUUUAAAGGUUUGGGAUGCCAGAGAUUGAUCCUUUCAGGGGUGGUUGUGUACACUGUAUUCUUGCAUUUUUGUGUCCGGUGUGUCUUUGUACAUUCUCUCAACCCACCCCAGUUUUAUCCCCAUCAAAUGUUUCCACUGGAGAGAGUGGACAAAAGUGUCAAACACUAUGCAUCAAUUAAAGCUUUAUAGUCACUCAGAAAUGCUGUAAGAAUACUGUGAAUUCAACUCUUUGAGUGUGAGUGUGAAGGUGUGGAGAGAUCGGUGGCUGCUCACUACUGGCUACAUGUCUGGAGAUGGAGAGACUGCAGGAUCGACCUUUAUUGAUCUUAGUUGAAAGCAGCACUUUUGGAAAGUAGGGGGAAGGAAGGGGAGUCAGGACAUAUACUACAUGGCCAAAAGUAUGGGGACAUUCUUGGAAUUAGUGUAUUCGGCUAUUUCAGCGACAGCCGUUACUGACAGGUGUAUAAAAUCGAGCACACCACCAUGCAAUCUCCAUAGACAAACAUUGACAGUAGAAUGGCCUUACUGAAGAGCUCAGUGACUUUCAACGUGGCACCGUCAUAGGAUGCCACCUUUCCAACAAGUCAGUUUGUCAAAUUUCUGCCCUGCUAGAGCUGCCCCGGUCAACUGUAAGCGGUGUUAUUGUGAAGUAGAAACAUCUAGAAGCAACAAUGGGUUUCCAUGGCCUAAGAGACACGCACCAGCCUAAGAUCCGCAAUGCCAAGCGUUGGCUGGAGUGGUGUAAAGCUUGAUGACAUUGGACUCUGGAGCAGUGGAAACGCGUUCUCUGAAGUGACGAAUCACGCCUCACCAUCUGGCAGUCCGAUGGACGAAUCUGGGUUUGGCGGAUGCCAGGAGAAUGCUACCUGCCCCAAUGCAUAGUGCCAACAAGUUUGGUAGAGGAGGAAUAAAGGUCUGGGGCUGUUUUUCAUGGUUAGGCCCCUUAGUUCCAGUGAAGGGAAAUCUUAACACUAUAGCAUUCUUGACGAUUCUGUGCUUCCAAUUUUGUACCAACAGUUUGGGGAAGGCCCUUUCCUGUUUCAGCAGGACAAUGCCCCUGUGCAGAAAGCGAGGUAAAUACACAAAUGGUUUGUCAAGAUCGGUGUGGAAGAACUUGUCUGGCCUACACGAAGCCCAGACCUCAACCCCAUCGAACAUCUUUGGGAUGAAUUGGAACGCCAACUGCGAGCCAUGCCUAAUCGCCCAACAUCAGUGCCCGACCUCACUAAAGCUCUUGUGGCUGAAUGGAAGCAUGUUCCAAUAUCCAGUAGAAAGCCCAGAAGAGUGGAGGCUGUUAUAGCAGCAAAGGGGGGACCAACUCUAUAUUAAUGCCCAUGUUUUUGGAAUUAGAUGUUCGACGAGCAGGUGUCCACAUACUUCUGGCCAGUGUCGGUAGUUCAGUACGCCCCAAACGGAAGAAAAAAGCAAGGACUACCUGUACCUGUCCAAUAAGAAAUAGUUUGUUUUAGUUUUCUGUUGCAAAAUGUUUUCCGUUGCAAGCCCCAAUGAACACGACCAAGAGCUCCUGAUGCGUUUUCUUUCCAUUUUGAAUCCCUUUGGUUUUUGUUAACUCUUUAGGAGUGGGGAAGGAGAGAGUGCCUAGCUCCAUUCACCUGUUUUAUGAUUAAGAUGGAAGCGGAUGUCAGGAAAUUCCGUGUUUGAUGAGCAACAUGGCUGUCUGCUGUUGCCCUCGUUGGUCAAUGUUAUUGGCCACUUUCAGUUUUUUUGUAUAUGUACUGUACGUAAAAUAAAAUAUACAGGCAAUA